UCUAGCUUCUUCUUCUUCUGCUGGGUCAGUAUGACAGAAAGAGGUUCAAAGUUAUUGUGUUUGUACCUCUCUCUGAUAUUUGCUUCUGUAUCUUCAUCUUCCGCAGACGCUGAUAACUGUAGCUUUACAAACAAUGGUGUUGGUAAUAAGAUCCAAGGGCUGUUUGUGUUCGGAAGCUCUCUGGUUGACAAUGGCAACAAUAACUUUUUGGAAACCAGGUCCAAAGCCGAUUACUUGCCGUAUGGAAUCGACUUCCCAAGUGGACCUUCUGGGAGAUUUACAAACAAUAAAAAUGUUAUUGAUCUCCUUUGUGAUCAGCUUAAGCUUCCCCUCAUUCCACCAUUUCAAGACCCUUCCACUAAAGGAAGUAAAAUUGUUCAUGGUGUCAACCAUGCCUCUGGCGCUUCUGGUAUCUUAAAUGAUACAGGAUCAAUUGCGGGUAAUGCAACGAGCUUGAGUCAACAAGUUUUGGACUUUGAGGAGGUGACACUGGCAAAUUUAGAAGCACAGCUAGGGUGCAAUUGCUCUCAAUCGCUACCAAGCUACUUGAUUGUUGUAGGAGUUGGCGGAAAUGAUUACAUGCUCAACUAUUUCCUAAGGAAAUUGUACAUCCAAAUCAGUAUUGAAAACUUCACUGCAAAUCUCAUAGCCUCUCUAGCUCAGAAACUUCAGAAAUUGCACAGUUUGGGAGGCCGUAAAUUUGUUGUUAUGUCGCUAAUGCCACUAGGCUACAGUCCUGUGAUUAACAGGCCAAACAUUAUUGGCACCCCUUCACAGCUGAACAACGCAGCGCAGCUCUACAACGAUCGCUUGAAGACAUUGCUUGACUCUCUCAGAUCUAACUUAUCCGACUUCAGUUUCGUUUUAAUUAACCAAUAUAACAUUAUAUCUAGUCUGACUUACUCUCCUCCUUCCAGAACAGGCUUUACAGACAUAAGAAACCCUUGUUGUGCAGUUGCAUCCCUCUCUCAAGGUGGAAAUGGAAUAUCAUGCGAUAGAGGUGGGAAGGUUUGUGGAGAUAGGACGGCUUACAUGUACUUUGAUGGGUUACAUCCAACAGGAGCUGUAAAUAUUGAGAUAGCAACCAAAGCAUAUGAUUCUACUCUCCAGAGCGAUGCUUAUCCCAUCAAUGUCCGCCAACUCGCCCAGCAACAAGAACAUGAUGAGACACAGUGGAACAAACCACGACAAAACUAAGUCGUUGAACUUCAACAAACAAGUUCUUCUCUCCCCCUAACAACGGGGAGAUUGGCUCAUCAAAAAUAACUAAACGAAAUCGCAUGUUAACGUGUUUAUAUAAGCG